GUCAAAACUGUCAUGAAGGCUUUGAACACAUCCGGCCCAUGUCCCACCACAGUCAACAAAGAAUCGUGAAUCGUGGGCGAAGCGUGUUAACACUUGCUCAAAUUGUCGUGCAGAUCAGAUUGAUUUCAUAUUUUCAUUGAAUUUUGCAAUCUCUGUUUUGUGUUGUUCCCUGUGCAACAGAAACAUGAGUGACGAUGAGGAUAUUCCCGAUGUUAAAAUUUGCCAAGAGAGAGUGGAAAAGUUUGCAGAGAUUACUGGCACUGAUGAAGCAUGUGCUCAGUUUUACUUACAAGACAGAAAGUGGGACUUAGAGAGGUCUGUCAAUGCCUUUUUUGAGGCCAAAUUGAGUGGUGGAGUCAACCUCAUGGAAGACCACGAUUCCAUAGGACCGCAGUUAGUGAUAAAUAUAAAUCAAACUGUGGCAGAUCAGUUGUCCAAGAUUCCUCCAGUGGCAGUGCCGUUACCGAAACCAGCAGCAAGACCAAUGUCUCACAAAGAUUUAAGGCCUUCACUUCAAGCACCGCCAGAGCUCACAUUCAUCACAUGGAAUAUUGAUGGAUUGAAUCAACAUAAUUUGAAGAAAAGAACCAAAGCUGUUUGUAUGAUAAUAUUUGAGAAUAGUCCUGACGUAGUAUUUUUGCAAGAAGUCAUUCCGGAUACAUUUUCUUAUAUUGAAAGUAAAUUGCCGGAGUAUAAGUGUAUUGCUUCUGGAGAUGGGGACUAUUUCACUGCAACUCUACUGAGGAGAUUUACUGUUUACUAUGACAGUCAUAAAAUUAUUGAAUACCCAUCGACUUCAAUGGGUAGGAAUUUGCUUAUGACUGAGGCACAUAUGGGCUCACUUAAGGUGACGCUUUUCAAUACCCAUCUUGAGAGUACAGCUGAUUUCGCAGCAGAAAGAAUGAGGCAAUUGCAGUUAUGUUUGAAGGAAGUUGCUGCUGUUGCUAACGACCGCACAGUAAUUUAUGCUGGUGAUUUGAAUCUCCGAGAUAAAGAGCUUGAGUUGUGCGGGGGUCUACCUCAGAAUACGAUUGACCUGUGGGUAGCCGGCGGCUCCCGACCGGAGUGCCGCUACACUUGGGACAUGACCCGCAACACAAACACGGAAUUUGCGGGCCGCUUCAAACCCCGCUGCCGCUUCGAUCGAGCAUAUGUCAGACAAACAUCCCCACCAUCAGUGCGUCCAAAAUAUUUUGGUUUGCUUGGAUUACAAAAAGUAUUUGGUACGCAGAGUUUUCCAAGUGACCACUGGGGAAUAAUGGUUCAUUUUGAUGUUAUUGUCAAUGCCCCCUCAUCUUCUUCAUCUACUUCUCCGUCACCACACAAAAAAAUGAAAGUUGAAAUUGAAGAGUUAGACUAAAUCUUGAUCAUGGUGAAAGAAAAAGUCAAAUACCUAUGAUAAUAUUUUUUAUUGUGAUUUCUAAUGCUCAGGGAUGGAAAAAAUAUUUUAGACUUGUAGAUCCAUUCAACUAUGAUGAAUAAAUGAAAAAUGAUAAGAAUCUGCAA